AUGCAACAUCUCCAACAACUCGAAUCUCGCUUAGAUCAAUUGAUUUCGGAGAAUCGACUGCUUUCCGCCGAGCGUGAGGCUGCCGAAGACAAACUCAAAAAGACCACUCUCGCCCGUCGCAAGAGUGAUCAGGCUCUUAACUCACAAAAUACCGAUUUGCGGGAUAGAUCAGAGGAAGUCGAAGAAUUGAGGAAAUCCGUGGACUGGUUUCAGAAGGAAGUCAAUCGGUUGAAUGAAGAAAAUGAAGGAUUGACGGAGACGAACGCCAACCUCACCGCUGCCCACGAACGAGAACAUCAGGAACUCCAGGAAUCAUCGGCCCGCAAAAUUGAGGAACUCAGAACGCGAUACCGACAAGCGACUGCUGAUACACGAGACCUUAUACGACGAGAAUUGGACGUGCACUUGGCGCAAAAGAACGCAGAAUUACGCCGUCUAAGUGAAGAACUCCAGGAGGAACAGGAGAAGGUACAGCAAUUACAACAAAAGCUCGCAACAUCAGAAGUUUUGAUCCACCGUAAUGAUCAAUUCUUCAGAGCAGCCUGCCAUAAUUUGUAUGCUCGUGUGCAGCAUUGGGUGAAACGUUUCUCCAAACAUUCCGACCAUCGCAACUGCCGGACAUUCCACGAUAUGCAAAAAGACAAGAAACUGGUCGCCCGGUUCGACAUUGACAAACUGACUGGCCGAUUCGACAACGCCAUCCUCGAUGGAUCCGACGUGGAGUAUUACCUGGCCGACCGGGUCGGUCGUCGGGAUGUGUUCAUUUCCGUAGUGAUGACAAUGAUGUGGAAAUUCAUCUUUGCGCCGUACAUGUUCGGCAUGGACAGCGAAAAGCAACAGAAGCUGAGCGGUCUUGAGGAACAACUCACCGAGGCUGGGAAGCUUACUGCCGUCCGUCGCUGGCGGGCUACUACCUUAUCUCUGCUGUCCAAGAGCCCUUCAUUUGCCGAACAGCGUGAAAUUGAGAUGGAAGCCGUCACGCGCGAAAUCUAUGAUACCCUUGAAAGUGUCUGUCCACCGCCGGAAGACAGAACAAAAAAGCUUCGCGAGGACCUGCACGGCGUGCUGCAAAUCGCAGUCAAUCUGUCCAUAGAGAUGCGCACUCAACUGGCUGAAUACUACAUUGUUCGUCCUCUCCUGGCCGAGUUUGGCGCCAAUGGAGUUGUAACGCGACGCGUCCACUUCAAUGAAGCAUUGAUGAACGAACGCAGUGCUCUCGACUCCGGGGCAGGUGAAGGUUCUGUGCGCUUAUUCUUAUUCCCGCUCGUGGUGAAGGAACACGAUGACAGCGAAGAGGAGGAUGACACACACAAUGACAAGAAAGAGGACAAGGGUCCAGUGGUUAUCUAUCCUGCACAGGUGCUUGUUAAUCGACCGAAGGAGGUUGUUGAACAAUCGAGCAAGUCUCUGGACCGAAAAUCAUCGGUGCAGAGUAGUGUUCCUUCGUUGAGAAUGGACAACACGUGA